AUGAUAGAUUUCAAGUUAUGGGCUUCAAAGUUAGGUCAAGAGUUACUGGUAGCUGUACGGUGCAAAGGGACAUUUCUUGGAUACAGAGGCGACUUAUGUAACAAAUUAAAAGGGUUUUCAGAUAAAUUGGAGCAGGAUGGUGGUGACUAUUUUUACUAUAAGAAAUAUAUGGACAGUUUAGUUGAUAACAAAGCUUUGAGUAACAUUGGAGUAUUCGGUAUUUCAAUGUCAGAUGAUGCACUUUUGAAGGAGAUUAUGAGGUUUUUCAAGACAGUCUUGGAAAAUGACAACUUUGAAGUGUUAUAUAGGGUAUAUUGCCUUUCAGAUAGGGGAGCUAUAAUUGAGAUUUCAAAGAUGACAUACUUAAUGAUUUUAGACUUUAUUCCUUUACUUGAACUCCCUCGAAGAGGUGUAGUAGCUGAAUUCUUUGACUAUAUGUUUCACUUCUCCCUAAAAAGAGAAGAAUUGUCUGAUGUAUGGUUUGAGUUGAUAGGAAAUGAUGCAUCUUUCAGAGCUCUUGAGCCCUGGUUUCUUUUAACUGAUCAUAUCCCAUACGGAGAAGAUAUUCGUGUCAGUACCGACAAAUGGAUGAUAUACCCUCCGUACUAUUUUGCUAGAAGGUACUUCGAAAACUCCCAUGAAGCCUUUUAUUGUGGUAAUUUGUAUGAGACCUCAUAUAUUGAAGCUUUAGUUCACCAUAUGAGCAAAUUUGAAUCAUUCUCCACAUGGUUUGUCAAAUCCAGUGGCUUAUCUAAUUAUUUCAUCGACCUUUUCAGGGUCAACAACAGACGUCUUCAAGAAACAAUCAGACCAUUUUACAUAAAAAUGAUAAUCAUAAGCCAAGGAUCUAUAAAAUCGUUACUUGUAAAUGAUUUGAUAGAGUUUCUCUUCCAAGAUUGGUUAGAAAAAAAAGAUCUGUCAGAUUUCAUUUAUUUGUUCAUAAAGAAUUCCGAAAAGCUUAAAGUUAAAAGCAUUGACAGUAUAAUUUCGAUAUUCUUUUCCAAAGCUUUCAAAGAUUUGAAAUUCUUCGAUAAAAAUGAUUUUGAUAUCUUUACUGAGUUGAUAGAAUCACCACGAUUUAACGAGAUAAUACCCCAAUUCCUUUGUGAUUUACAGCAGCAUGAUGCUUAUGUCAUACUCUCCCACAGCUCGUUAGCUUUAUUCGAUGAGAGGGAUAUUCUCAAACAAAUUUCUUUCCUACAAGAAGAGAUUCCCCUAGAAGUUGAAGUUACCACCAAGUUGAAUGAGCUGCAUCCUAUUGUGAAAUUCGUUUAUCUGAUAUUUUUGAAUUUCUUCUCGAACACUGUUGAAGAGAACGAAUCUUUAGUUCAAAUGUUCAGAAAGUUGGAUACUCUUUACAAAGGAGUGAUCUUGAUCACCACCAACACUUUUGUCAAAAUAAUAAAGUACUUAUUAGAACUAUGUGUGACUUAUGAAAAUAGUUACGUAGAUAUUAUGUCUAAUGUUCAAAGAAUCUGCCCAGAUCCUGGUUUUGUCAAGUCGAUCGAGUUGAUACUUCCUGAUUCUAAGAACUUUAUCGAAACAUCCAUGCUUAUCGAGAAUAUCAGACUAUUUAAAGAGUUUUAUAUUAUUAUUUAUUCUAGUAUGCAUAUAAAACAUGGCUCAUACUUUGAGCCAAGUUGA